CGAUGGUCCAGCCAGGGGCUGACCCUGCCCUCCGUCCUUCCCAGGAGCUGACCUUCCUGACCAAGCAGGAGAUUCUGCUGGCUCACCGGCGCUUCAGCGAUCUCCUGCCCAAGGAGGAGCGGGAGCAGGCUUUCCUGACAAGGGUGCCCAGGAGCAAGAUCCUGAUGCUGCCUGAGCUGCGGGCAAACCCUUUCCGGCACCGGAUUUGCCAUGUCUUCUCUACAGCCGAGGAUGGGGAUGGCAGUAUGUCCUUUGAGGAUUUUUUGGACAUGCUGAGUGUCUUUAGUGAUUCGGCUACGCUAGAGAUCAAGUCACAUUAUGCCUUCCGCAUCUUUGAUUUUGAUGAUGAUGGAACUCUGGACAAGAAGGAUUUAGAGAAUCUGGUAAACUGUCUGACUGGGGAAGGAGAAGACAGCCGGCUGACCUCCGUGGAAAUGGAGCAGCUCAUCGAGAAUAUCUUAGAAGAGGCGGAUAUUGACAAAGAUGGGACCAUCAAUCUCUCUGAGUUCCAGCACAUCAUUUCUCGAUCACCAGAUUUCACCAGUUCCUUCAAAAUUGUGCUCUGACUCUUCCCUUCUACCGACGUCUGCCGGAAGACUCAACCAUGUUUCUGCAGAUUAACUUCUGUCUCUCCACCACAGCCGAAGGCAGCUGUGUCAAGGGAAGGCUCAACCUUAUGCACCCACCCAUGCCACCCAUGGAGGAGUCCAGGCAUCACGCGAGGCUGGCCUGGUCAAGCUCUACCCCUGGAUGGCCUGGUGCCUGGAAGACCCUUUGAGUCUUCUUUCCCCUGCAGCUGGCGUUUGUGUGGGGAGGGAAACGGAGCAAGGGCUGGUGAGGCUGCGGCUUGGGUUUUUGCCCCCCCUCCUUCCCUGUAGUCCAGCCACUGCCUUGCCAUGGGUGCCUUACUUGUUUAAACCAUGCUCUCUGGCAAUCUGUUAAUAGUUUGAAGUGGGACAUCAUCUCGCACACCUUUUGGUGCGCUACGUGGUACGGAUUUGCCAGGGCCCAUCCCAGCAGCAGAGCGUGGCUGACAUUCCAAAUAAUACAGUGCCUUUACAGAGAUGCUCAGCAACUUUAAAAGCUUCCACCCCUUGGCAGAUUAUUAGUGGCAACGGACUGUUGUCUCCCACCAGUGUCCCCCCACCUCUGAACUCCAGCCUCUCUCUCACUUGCAUCUCCGCCUGCAAGUGCGGGAGCCCUGCCUGCAGGCUUGCUUGGGCCCACCUCUGGGGCUCCAGGUCUGAGCCUGGGUGAGGACAACCGUGUGGUUGCUUCUUAAAGCCUUAGCUUUAAGAGGGAGAGCACCAGACCUUCUUUUUAAACAAAACUUUCACUUUCAUGGCCUUGCCUGGUGUCUAUCUACCAAUAAAGCUCAGCAGUUGGAAGCCUU